AAGGUGAGUAUGUUUCAGAGCAUCUUUCUUCUGUUUAAAACGUUUUAUUGAGUCCUAAAUAGUUUCUAUUUCUGAACCGACAUCAGAUAUCAUGUCAAUAUGACAAAAUUACGUGAUACGACAAGUCGACAACAAAUAUGUGAGGACUGAAAAUAGUCGAAAAAUAGGCGUCGUUCGCAUUAUUAUUUAUUAAUUUGUAAUACAAAUAGGUAAAUUUUACAGGUGCUCAGUGAACCGCUUAAUGCCUCUGUAUUUUGGUUUCCAUUUAUAGAAAAUGGAUAACGAAUUCCUAGAUAUAUCAACGAGUCUUCGCUUGCAAAUCGGUUACGGCAUCGGGCAUGUGUUAAACGAUGUGUGCGCUAGUUUGUGGUUCACAUACUUUUUAGUAUUUUUUCAUUUAGUACUAGAAUUUAGUCCGUCACAGGCGGGAAAGUUAAUGUUAAUAGGACAAGUAGUAGAUGCGGUGUCUACUCCAUUCGUUGGAUACUGUUCUGACCGCACAGACAACACUUUUAGCAUUAGAUAUGGCAGAAGGAAACUCUGGCAUUUAUUUGGGACAGCAUGUGUAUUGGGAUCAUUUCCAUUUAUAUUUUCUGAAUGUCUUGGGUGCACCAUGGCUCACAAGUGGGCACAGAUGUUUUAUUUUGCCGCAUUUAUUAUGAUAUUUCAAAUUGGAUGGGCAGCAGUUCAGAUUUCACAUCUAAGUUUGAUUCCCGAAUUGGCUGAUAGUGAACAUACACGAACACAUCUUACUGCUGUCAGGUAUGGAUUCACAGUAUUUUCAAACUUGUUUGUGUACAUUGUGACAUGGGUUGUGUUGCAUAUGACUGGAAAAUGUGAUACACAACAAGUAGGCCCAGGGGAUGCUUGGAAGUUCCGACACAUAGUGUAUAUAGUGAUGAGUGUAGGAGUACUGGCAUCUCUUCUGUUCCACUUCAGUGUGAGGGAAAAGACAAUCUACAGGCGACAGGAACAACUGCUGGAGCAAGGCAGUCGGGAGCACCCACACACACACAUCAACUUCUUGAAGAAGCUGGUGAUGUAUCAGGUAGCUGGCAUAUAUAUGAGCACCAGACUAGUAGUAAACGUGGCACAAGUACUAGUGCCUUUAUAUCUCCACCUGACACUGGGACUAGCGGCCAGGUCGCUAGCCGUGAUCCCUUUAGCUAUGUACCUCGGUAGCUUAGCGGCUGCGGGAGUACAGAGGAUAGCUCCGAGAUCCAUUACGAGAAAGAUGCACUACGUUUUUGGGACGGCGUGUGCUAUGACUGGAUUUUUAUGGAUAUAUUUUGAGCUUGAUGACAAUUUUAAGACAUACUUUAUUUAUGUUGUCGCUGUUUUGAUAGGGUUCGGAGGCGCCAUAUUGCUGGUGACCAGCUUGGCGCUGACGGCGGACCUGGUGGGCGCGCAGACGGAGGCCUCGGCCUUCGUGUACGGCCUCAUGAGCUUCACCGAUAAGCUGGCCUGCGGUCUCGCCAUUGUCGUCAUACAGAACUUUGCGGAAGGAGCGGACUCAUCGUACUACCGCUACGUAAUGGCGUGGGUGUGCGGCGGGGCUGCGCUCACCGGCUUGACGCUAACACUACUGCUGCCGCGGCUCACGCCCGACUUGGAGCCUUUGGCUGAUGACGAAAACAUUGAAAAUGUGUCAGAAGAUUCAGCCACAGCACCAUUAGAAUGAAGGCUUGAUCGAGUGUACCUACCUUAUACCAGUAUUUAGCACAAUUUUCUUUAGAAAAAGUUAUAGCACAAUAAUCUCAUCAUGUGAUAUAAUAUAAUGUCAUACUUUCCUUAAAAAGAGUACCUAUUGAAAUUAAAAUUAUGAAUUACAUAUUAUAAUAUUUAAUUACUAUCAAAUUUUACGUCUAAAUAAUUAUGUAAUAUUUUCUUAUUAUAAUAUUUAUAAUGACUAGCCAAGUAAAUAAAAUAAACAGACUGUGGUACAAAAGUUUUAUAUUAAAGGCAACUGUCUGUCAGAGGGCUCUCUCUAUCUCACUCGCUGGAACGGAUAGAGUUCCAUCCCAUGACAUUGGGUGAAAUACCUAAAUAGAUACAUACAUGUUUUUAUUUUAUAAUAAGCAUAUGCGUGUUAGUUCUAAUGAAUACAUUCCAUAACAUGAAUUACUAAUUGCCUACCUAUUGUAAAUUGUAUAUAAAAUAAAUUGUAGAUUAAGUAUGUAUAUAUUAAACAUUGUUACUUUAUAUUAAAGUUUACUUAUAUUGACAGAUACAGCACAUGUAGCCCAACCAAGAUUCUGUUUCAUAUGUAAUACUAGAAUUAUUAUGUAUCCAGUACACUAGAUAUUGUUGCUAUUAGAAAUCAUAUCCAUUCCACCUAAGAUGACUGGAGCAUUGUGAUGUAUGCCAGAUUGGAUUAUCUUAUCAUAUUGAUGUUUUUGUGUACUUACUGUGUACAUAUUAUAGCAAGAAAUUUAAUAAAUGAAAUAGAAUAUAA